CCGUCUUUUCUCUGUACAGGGGUGAGAAAAGGUAUCAGUCGACGAGCAAAUACUAGCAUCGAUGCAGAUUUUCCACGUAUUGAUUUGGCAUCAAUACAAGCAGCUACCGACAACUUCUCUGACUCAAAUAAGCUCGGUGAAGGUAGUUUUGAUUCUGUUUACAAGGGUAUCCUAAGUGAUGGAAAGGAAGUAGCGGUAAAGAGGCUCUCCUGCUGUUCCGAGCAGGGUUCAGAGGAAUUCACAAAUGAGGUUCUACUAAUAAUGAGGCUUCAACACAAAAACCUCGUCAAGCUUCUUGGUUUCUGCAUAGACGGAGAGGAAAAGCUGCUUGUUUAUGAAUUCAUGCCCAACAGAAGCCUAGAUGUCUCUCUCUUUGGUUCGUUAAUUUCUUCCCCGGCUUGUCUUCUUCUUCUUUUUAUUUUGUCCUCCCUCAGUGGACAAGCUUGA